AUGACCCAUCUUCCAGCCUGCAAUCUUGACUUGACUGAUCUUUAUCCAUUUGAGGAAGAUGACGAUGACAGUGCAAAUGUCAGUAUUCAAGGCAGCCACAACAUACCUCACAAUACUGGGGAUAGAGUUAGUCUUAAAAUGGACCAAUCCAGAAGAAACACCUUGGUUAAGUCUUGGCAACCAGCAACCACACCUCUGGGGAAACCAGCCUCAGCUCCCUUUGUGUCUCUCGGCAGCACCCAACUCAGAAGACCUGUCACUGCACAACCGGCUGCUCAGGCCUGGGCAGCCGAGCAGGCAGCACGGCACCAGGAUCAGAUUCAACAGGAUAAGAUCUGGAGAGAGUCUGUGGAGGCUGAACAGAGAAGAAGAAAAAUCUGGUACCAGAACUGGAGUUUCCUAAAGGACUACGACCAAAUGGGUAAUAAAAAGGAGCAGAAGCCACUGCCAAACUAUAUACCUGUGUUCUCAAGCGAAGUUCCCAACUCGACCAACCAGAGUAUUGGCAGUCGAAUGAAUACUGAACUUGGCAGGGCUCUGGUAAACAUGGAUUACCUCUUCAGCAGUGGAUCACGAAAGAGAAAACUUGAGGGUGAGCUCCAGCUUUCCUAG